UCUGUCUAUAACAGGGCCGGUGAGACUUGGCGAGCACGAGACGCUGCAUCCGCCCAUCCAAAGCUUCCAGCAGCAAUGGUGGCCGUCUUCAACAAGGAAGUCCUGAGCUGGUACCUCAUCACGCUUAAGAUCAAGGAGACCGUCGACGCGAACCUCAGGAAAUCCCCGUCGCCGCAGUGGCAGUCGCUCCCCUACAAACUGCGGCUCGCGAACGGCACUACAUCGGGAGGAGAAGGAGAGGCAUUGCCCCGCCAAACUCAGGCGCCCCGGCUGUCCCCGAUCCGGGCGCAGUCGCCGGCGCACAGCCCGAAGCCGCAGGACUCGGAAUGGGUGGUGACCAUCCGCGGGAAGCUGGCGCAGGCGCGCGCGGAGGAGGCGGCGUGCCCGUGGGCGCGCCUCUCCGUGUACCGCGUGCCCAAGACCCUCCGCGAGGGCGACGAGCGCGCCUACAUGCCGCAGGUGGUCUCCAUCGGCCCGCUCCACGCCGGCAAGCGGAGGCUGCGCGAGAUGGAGCACCACAAGUGGCGCGCGCUGCACCACGUCCUCAAGCGCACGGGCCACGACGUCACCAACUACCUCGACGCGCUGCGGCCCAUGGAGGACCGCGUGCGCGGCUGCUACGACGGCCGCGUCGCCUGGAUGCCCAGCAACGAGUUCGUCCAGUGCCUGGUGCUGGACGGCACCUUCGUGCUCGAGCUCUUCCGUGGCGCGCUGGACGGCGCCAAGGGGUUCUCAGACGACCUGGGCUACUCGCGGCACGACCCCGUCUUCGCCAUGCGCGGCGCGAUGCACGCAGUGCGCAACGACAUGAUCCUGCUGGAGAACCAGAUACCGCUCUUCGUGCUGGACCUCCUGCUCGGGAUCCAGCUCGGCCACCCAGAGCAGACGGGCGCCGUGGCGAGCCUCGCCGUGCGCUUCUUCGACCCGCUCAUGCCGACCGACACGCCGAUGCACCGCAAGGACCGGUGCAGGCUGGAGUCCUCCGUGAACGCCGGCGCCGAGGCGGCGGCGUCGUUCGACCCGCUGUCCGACCCGAUGCUCCACUGCCUCGACGUGUUCCGGCGCAGCCUCCUCCGCGCCGGGCUGCAGCCCACCCCGCCCCCUGCGGCGCGGCUGUGGCUCAAGAAGUGGUCCGGGCAGCGCCGUGUGGCGGACAAGCGCCGGCAGCAGUUCGUGCACUGCGUGUCGGAGCUCCGGGAGGCCGGAAUCACGUGCCGGCGGCGGAACACUGACCGGUUCUGGGACAUCCGGUUCGACAAGGGGGUGCUCCACAUCCCGCGGAUCCUCAUCCACGACUCCACCAAGUCGCUCUUCCUCAACCUCAUCGCCUUCGAGCAGUGCCACAUGGACAUCGCCACGCCGGGCGGCAACAACAUCACCUCCUACGCCAUCUUCAUGGACAACCUCAUCAACUCCGCCGACGACGUCAAGUACCUGCACGACCGCGGCAUCAUCGAGCACUGGCUCGGCAGCGACGCCGAGGUCGCCGAGCUCUUCAACCGCCUCUGCCUCGAGGUCGUCUUCGACAUCAACGACAGCUACUUGUCCGGGCUGUCGGACCAGGUGAACAGGUACUACGACUACAAGUGGAGCACCUGGGUCGCCAGCCUGCAGCAUAACUACUUCACCAACCCGUGGGCCAUCGUCUCCGUCGUCGCCGGCGUCUUCCUCCUCCUCCUCACCACGAUGCAGACAUUCUACAGCGCAUACAGCUACUACCGACCGCCAACCUAGCUCAUCGCCGCCGGAUCGGCAACGGAGUCAGAUUCUCCAAAAUCUGACCAUUUUUUCUUGGCUUGCAUUACAGUUUUGAUUGGUUAUUUCAUCAGGGGAAGAAUCAGUAUAUCCCCAUUUGAGUUGCAUUGUUAAUAUAUAUAUACUAGACUAGAUCCUGCUGUAGGAAGAAGGAUUUGAUCACAAAUUCAUCUUCUAAUUUGUACAUUUAAGGGACUUCGAUGUUCA